UAUUCUAAAAUUGUUUUGUAUGCUUUAAUACUGUGUUUAAAAAAGGUUAAUUUUAUCAUUUUUAUUUUGUUGAUAUGUUGCAAAUUUAAAAAAAUAAAUGUUGGCAAAAAAUGAUGUCUUUAUUUUCUACUUAAAAACUUUUUGAAAAAUAAUUUAUGUAUUAUAGCUUAGUAUUUUAAUUCGUGAAAGGUUAUUGAUUACAAUUAUAAAAGAAUAAAUGCAUUUCAUACCAAAUUGUAUUUUUCAUUCCAUUCUAAACCUUUAAACUCGUUUUCCCGAAAGUUUAAAAAAUGUACAUAUCAGCUUCUGCCAUCAUACCACAUAUUAUUCUGCCAUCAUAAUGUUAUUACGGUCUUAAACUCCAUAUUUAUAAUUAACAUAAAUAUUGCAACAAUAUAAUAUAGAAUAUGUACUAUCCGCCCCUAUCCAUAAAUCACUGGACAGGUACACGACUAGAAAUCAUAGACACGAGUCGCUAUUCUAAGAAUUGGCAACAACAACCGAAACACACACACAUACAAGCUGCACGCGCCGCUACAUCAAAGGAACCGCCAUUACUUAUAAGGGAGCCCGUGGGACAGCCUGACCAGAUGUAUCAUAGCUGUGGUGUUGGCGACACUGCGUAUUGUGCGGUAACGGUAAUCCAACACACACACACAUACUCAUGAUAUACACAAGUCGUGUUGUAUAUGUUUUUCACUUGUAACCUCAACAAUAUAAUUAUGUAAAAAAGGUGUAAAACGCAUCAUCAUGUUAAUAAUUUAAAUAAAGUAUUAAUAUUAAAAUACAGUGUUUUGUGUUAGUAUACUCGAGACACAAAAGUGGCGACGAAGAUGAGAUUUGAGAAGUGUUAUUAAAGAUCAAAUUCACACGGAUCAAAACGGAUAAAAAAAAAAAAAAAAUGGCUAAAAUUGGUAAUAUAGAAGAAUUCAAAUUAUAGCAAGAAGAAGAUUUCGAAACUUGGGUAGAACGACUAGAACUAUAUAUGCUGGUGAAUAAAAUAAAAGAAAAGAAAUCAGCUAUAUUUUUAACCUUAAUUGGAAGUGAAGGUUAUAAAGUACUUAAAUCUCUUUGUACUCCAGAACUACCUAAAGAUGUCGAGUAUGAAAAGCUAGUAAGUAAUAUGAAAAAUUACUUACAACCGAAAGUUUCGAUUCUUGCUGAACGUUCCAAAUUCCGUAAUUGUCUACAAGAAAACAAUGAAACGAUCACUGAAUUUAUUACAAAACUACAAAAAUUAUCAAUAUUGUGUAGUUUUGGAAAUAACUUGGAGGAAGCAUUACGUGAUCAAAUAGUUCAUGGUGUAAGCGACCGUAUGCUUAAAAAGAAACUAUGUGAAGAACCGGAUUUAACUUAUGGAAGAACAAAAGGAAUAUGUCAAGCACACGAGGGCGCAGAGAAAAGCAAUAUUAUAUUAUUUAAUCGUUUUCAUUAUUAACUCACUAUUUGCAAUGAUAAUCAAUUUUAAUUGCUUACGUAAUAUUAUAUAUUGUACAGUUCUUCGGAACUAAUGUAUCUUAUUUAUCUUGUAAC